AGCAUCAUCGUGGGUUUUUGUCGCUCUUGCUGUCACAUUAUCACAAGGGACAUCCUCUCCUGGCUCUUUACUGUGUAGUCUCUCGGCUUCUUGGUCUGGGCACGCACGGUAGAGCGGAGUGUAAAAAAGGGCUCGAUUUUACUCAGUUCCUCGUUGGUAAGAGACCGGGUACAGUGAAGAGAACACGCAGUAGUUCCUCCCUGCCGCCGCCAUGGGUCUCGGGAUCGUGGACAUAUUGUUCCUGACGCUGUCGGUGUUGGUGAGCGCGGUGAUCGGCCUCUACCAGGGCUACGUGGGGCGCCGCGCCACGCCCGAGGGCUACCUCAUGGGCUCGAGGAAGAUGAGGCCCCUGCCGCUGGCCAUGAGCAUGAUGGUGGGCACGGUGUCGGCCAUCACCAUCAUGGGCAACGCGGGCGAGAUGUACGCGUACGGCACCCAGCUGUGGAUCAUGGACCUGGGGAUCCUGCUGGCGCUGGUCAUCAUCGCCAAGGUCAUGAUCCCCAUCAUCCACCCCAUGGAGGUCGUCUCGCUGUACGAGUACAUCGAGAAGCGGUUCAACGCCAAGUGGCUGCGGCAGGCCACCGUGGUGCUGCAGCUGGUGGGCGGCUACUUCUUCAUGGGGUUCCUGCUGUACCCGGCCUCCAUUGCCCUGCAGGCCUUCACGGGGCUCGACAUCCUCCUCAACAUCUUCAUCAUGGGCGCCACCUGCACAUUCUACUCCGCCAUCGGAGGCGUGAAGGCAGUGGUGUACACAGACGUCUUCCAGGCUGUCGUAAUGGUGGUGGGCGUCUUUGCCAUCGUGAUCAUCGGCUCUGUGAACGUGGGCGGCCUCGACGUCGUGUGGGACAUCGCCUACCACCACAACCGGACGGAGCUCUUCAACCUGGACCUCGACCCCUACCAACGCCACAGCUUUUGGCUCUGCAUCAUUCUCGGCUUUUUCUUCACCCUCGGCACCUACGGCGUCAACCAGAGCCAAACUCAGCGGUUCUUCAGCACCAAGUCUGUCCAGGACGCCCAGAAGGUCAUCUACUUCGCUGCCUUCGGGAUGCUAUUCCUACGGGCGCUGAUCCACCUCGCGGGACUGGCCAUCUACGCCCACUUCCACCAGUGCGACCCCCUGGCGAGACCCGGAGCCGGAGAACCCGCUUACGUGGUCAUCCUCUACGUGCUGACGGUGCUGACGCGAGUCCCGGGGCUGGCAGGGAUCUUCGUCGCGGCGAUCUAUGCUGCGGUUCUGAGUUCGGUGUCGACGCAGCUGAACUCUAUGACGGCGCUACUCUGGGCCGACUUCCUCAAGCCACACCCCUUCUUCGCCUCCUUCAGUGACGUCAAGGCGGGGGCGCUGCAGAAGAUCAUAGUCCUCCUCUCGGGUAUCGUGGCCAUUGUCCUGGGUCUGGUGGUGUCGACGCUGGGAGGUCCUUCCUGAGGGCGCUCUUUGCCAUCACGGGUGCUCUCUCCGGUCCUCUCAUCGGCCUGUUCACCGUCGCCCUCUUCCUGCCUUGGGUCAAUCUGAAGGGAGCGUCGUCUGGCUUCUUCAUCUCAAUCAUACUAAGUGUGUGGUUAGCCAUCGGUCAGCUGCUGAACCAAACGCAGGAACCCUUUUUGACUAUGUCCCAGGAGGGCUGCCCAGUCACUAACGCCACCACGAUAGCUG